GAUGGCUGGGCGCCGCUGCAUCUGGCUUCAGAGUAUGGGCACACGGCCAUUGCACAGGUCCUCCACAAGAAAGGCGCAUCUGUCACUGCAGCUUCCAAGGUUGGCUGGGCGCCACUGCGUCUGGGUUCAGAGUAUGUGCACACGGACAUUGCACAGUUCCUCCACAAGAAAGUCGCAUCUGUCACUGCAGCUUCCAAGGGUUGCUGGGCACCGCUGCAUCUGGCUUCAGAGUAUGGGCACACGGCCAUUGCACAGCUCCUCCACGAGAAAGGCGCAUCUGUCACUGCAGCUUCCAAGGAUGGUAGGACGCCCCUGCAUCUGGCCUCAGAGUAUGGGCACACAGCCACUGCACAGUUACUCCACGAGAAAGGAGCAUCUCUCACUGCAGCUUCCAAGGAUGGCUGGACGCCGCUGCAUCUGGCGUCACAGAAUGGUCACACGGCCACUGCACAGUUCCUCCUGGAGAAAGGCGCAUCUGUCACUGCAGCUUCCAAGAAUGGCUGGACGCCGCUGCAUCUGGCUUCAAAGUAUGGGCACAUGGCCAUUGCACACUUCCUCCACGAGAAAGGCGCAUCUGUCACUGCAGCUUCCAAGGAUGGCAGGACGCCCCUGCACCAGGCUUCAGAGUAUGGGCACAUGGCCAUUGCACAGUUCCUCCUGGAGAAAGGCGCAUCUGUCACUGCGGCUGAUAGGGAUGGCCGGACGCCCCUGCAUCUGGCGUCAGAGACUGGGCACACGGCCACGGCACAGUUCCUCCUGGAGAAAGGCGCAUCUGUCACUGCGGCUGAUAGGCACGGUUGCACAGCCCUUUCAAAUGCAUCUGCGAUGGGCUGCAACGCCACAGUGGAGCUGCUGCUUAGCCGUGGUGCACAAGUGGACAGUGUUGACAAGGAUGGUGACACGCCCCUGUCAGAGGCAAUGCUCAAUGGGCAUCCAAUCACCGUGGAGCUGUUGCUGAAGGGUGGUGCAACCAUGGACAGACAAAACGAGGCAGGAGAAACGCCUCUUUUGGGUAUUUGGCAGAAGGCAGGGCACCCGAAGACUGAUGAACAAACCGCUGCAGAAAUUGUGAAGAUUAUGUUGGACCAUGGUGCAGCCGUGGAUCUGCCAAACAAGAAUGGCAUGACUCCGCUGAUGGCGGCAGCAAGGGAUGGCCACACAGCAGCUGCAGAACUGCUGCUGAGCAGAGGGGGUUCGGUGACGUCGACCGACAAGGACGGAAGAUCAGCGGCCCAAUAUGCAAGCGCCGAGGGUCAUCAUGAACUGGCAAAGAGGCUGGGCGUCACUGAAUGA